GGGCUGCGCUGGAGCCGGAGCCGGAGCCUUAGUGCUACCAUGUCCACGCAGAGACUGCGGAAUGAAGACUACCAGGACUACAGCUCCACUGAUGCGAGCCCGGAGGAGAGCUCCUCGGAAGGUCUGAGCAACUUCUCCCCCAGCUCCUACCAGCGUUUCGGGGAAAGCAACAGCACAACAUGGUUCCAGACCUUGAUCCACCUGUUAAAGAGCAACAUUGGCACUGGACUCCUGGGGCUGCCUCUGGCAGUGAAGAAUGCAGGCAUCUUGAUGGGUCCCCUCAGCCUGCUCGUAAUAGGCAUCGUGGCCGUGCACUGCAUGAGUCUCCUGGUGAAAUGUGCGCAUCACUUCUGCCUCAGACUGAACAAACCCUUUGUGGACUAUGGGGAUACUGUGAUGUAUGGACUGGAAUCCAGCCCCAGCUCCUGUCUCCGCAACCAUGCGCACUGGGGAAGGCACAUUGUGGACUUCUUCCUGAUUGUCACUCAGCUGGGAUUCUGCUGUGUCUAUUUUGUGUUUCUCGCUGACAACUUUAAACAGGUGGUAGAAGCAGCCAAUGGGACCACCAAUGACUGCCACAACAACGAGACAGUGGUUCUCACUCCCACCAUGGACUCACGACUCUACAUGCUCUCCUUGCUGCCCUUCCUGGUGCUGCUGGUCUUCAUCAGGAACCUCCGAGUCCUGUCCAUCUUCUCCCUGUUGGCCAAUGUCACCAUGCUGGUCAGCCUGGUCAUGAUCUACCAGUUCAUUGUCCAGAGGAUCCCAAACCCCAGCCACCUUCCCUUGGUGGCACCCUGGAAGACCUACCCUCUGUUCUUUGGUACAGCCAUUUUUGCAUUUGAAGGCAUCGGGAUGGUUCUGCCCCUUGAAAACAAAAUGAAAGAUCCCCAGAAAUUCCCACUUAUCCUAUACUUGGGAAUGGCCAUCAUCACUGCCCUCUACAUCAGCCUGGGGUGUCUGGGGUACCUGCAAUUUGGAGCUGAUAUCCAAGGCAGCAUAACCCUCAACAUGCCCAACUGCUGGUUGUACCAGUCUGUUAAGCUGCUCUACUCCAUUGGGAUCUUUUUCACCUAUGCUAUCCAGUUCUACGUCCCAGCUGAGAUCAUCGUCCCCUUCUUUGUGUCCCGAGCACCCGAGCAUUGUGAGUUAGUGGUAGACCUGUUCGUGCGCACGGUGCUGGUUUGCCUGACAUGCAUCUUGGCCAUCCUCAUCCCCCGCCUGGACCUGGUCAUCUCCCUGGUGGGCUCCGUGAGCAGCAGCGCCCUGGCCCUCAUCAUCCCACCCCUCCUGGAGAUUACCACCUACUACUCGGAGGGCAUGAGCCCCCUCACCAUCGCCAAGGACGCCCUGAUCAGCAUCCUGGGCUUCGUGGGCUUUGUGGUGGGGACCUAUGAGGCCCUCUAUGAGCUGAUCCAGCCAAGCCAAACUCCCAUCUUCAUCAACUCCACCAGUGCCUUUGUUGUGUCGUGAUCUGGGCAUUCUCUGCACCUGCCCACCCCACCCCUGUGUGUCCCCCCAGUACUUGGCCCCAGAGCUUCAGGCCAUCUUCCACCCUCGGCCCCCAACAAGCAGAAGGAG